UAAUUUCUGUCACUUUAUCGAAAGUCCACAAACAAUUAAACAAAAAAAUCAAUUCCUCCUUAAUAAAAUAAGUGUUUUUUCUUAACUCAAGUGUUGUGUGGGAAAAGUUUUUAUUAUAUAUUUUGUGUUUUAAAUCUGUGUUAAAACUUGUACAAACAAACAUUUUACAAAAGUAACCGUUGCCGCAACUGGAGUUAAUUCUUUGAAUGCUAAAAGCUUUUAUUUCUCAAAACUCUGUGUCAUAUUGAAAUGUACCAGAAAUCUGCACACUUGCAAGCCUUAUAUGCAAGACGUCGUGAAACCGAACACAAUCGUAUUGAACGCACCGAAGCGACCAACAAGUAUUUCGAUCACUGGGGCAAAGUAACAGCCCGUUUCGAAAACUGGACCACACCCGAAUACUAUAAACAAGCCGAACAACAACUAGAAAACUCCAAACAGAAGAAAGAGAAGCAAACGAAAUUGGUCGAAAGACAACAGAAACUAGCUCAACUGUUAAAAAUGGAAAAGCAAAGCUAUGAACAAGAACUGCAGGAUAAGGAGAGAAAUCCACGUAGAAACUUGGAUACCAAGACCUUGGAGAAAAUCGAUGAAAAUCUAAAAGAGCAGCAGCAAAUGAGACGUAAAUUGGAGCUGGAAGGUAAACUCUAUGGCAAAUGGCGUCAUGGAGUAGAUGAUGACAAUUUGGUGUUUGAAUCCAAAAGCGAUAAUCAAGUAUUGGCCAAACUGAAUUGGUUGGACAGAAAGGUGGAUGAGCAGAUACACCGUGAAAAAGAGGAGGUAGAUGCCAAAGAGCGACAAAUAAAACUACACCAUGAGUUGAAUAAAACCGAAGAACUACAAAAAGAGCGACAACAAAUAAGAGAAAAGGAAAUUCGUGAAAUACGCUGUUUGCAAGAGUAUCACAUGGAGCAGUUAAGAGAGCGCCAAAAGGAGACCGAUGAACUUAAGGACAAAGAAAAACAAUUGAAAAACAAUCUAAAUGAAUUAGAAAAAGAGCUGGAGUUGCUGGAGGAAAAUUAUGCCGUCGUAAGUGUAACCGAGGAUUUUAGAGCUACCAACAACUUUAAUAACAUAAAAAUAUUCACACGCAAGCGCUCGGAAGUAUUUCGUAAUCAAAUUAAACUUUGCUUAAGCAUUUUGGAAAGAACUUUAGAUUUAGCUAAAAACUCGCAUGCAUUGAAUAACUUCAAGUCGCAAUUGGAAAAACAAUUAGAGAGGGAACAACAAAAGCUUUCAGAUAUCGAGGGCAUGUAUGAAUCCGAGGCCAAACAUAGUCUACGCAAAAGUGAAGAGACUUGGCAUCAGGAGAAUAGAGAACGUUACGACAAACUAAAGCAGAUUUUAAUGGAAGAACAUCUCGUAAUUAAAACUUCCCUGAAUGAGAUAAUGAGAAAACAUGAAGAGCUUUUGGAAUUAAGGGAUACCCAUUUGGGUGCUAUAGAAAAUUCCAGUGAAAAACUCAAACUUCUCAUACAGGAAGAGGAAAACUCACCUCGCCACCAAGCUAAUAAUAUGUCGCCAAGUGCAGCAAAGCAAGUCCAUCAGAUACACACUCAAUUAGAGGAGUCUGCUGAUACUCCCUUUUAUUCACCACGUCAUAAUGCUGCUGGCAAAAUGAAACCCCUCGAACUGGAAGUUGUCCAACAUCAAGACAUGUCCGUGCGUCGUAAUUGCUUUGAAUCUAAUGAUAACAAUAUGUCUCCCAGAUGUUAUGACUCACACGAUUGCAACGACAUCAAUCAAGCCUCAAAUUCAUUUAACAAUCUGAACGUGGAUGGUUGGCAGGGACACCAGGCUCAUAUGUCGCAUCGCGAUUUGGAAUCUCAAAAGACAAAUGCUCAGCGCUCCAUGCAGGUGGUAACACCCGAAACUGAGGCCGAUAGACCCAGAUUUGGUCGCAAACAUGUAGCCUGGAAUUAAAAAGUCCAUAACGGUUUUUGAGAAGGAAACACGCAUAUGUAUUAUUAUACUAUGUACUACAACUACUACUAUAUUUAUAAUAUAUAUUAUAUUAGAUCAGAUUUACUUAGAUGUUCGCUUGGAAAAUUCUAUUAUUAAUCCCUCUUAUUACAAUAAAAUAAAUACUUAUUGCUUGAGCUUAAUUAAAAUUGUUGAAAACUACUAAUACUACUACUACUAAUGAAA